AUGACAUACUCCUCGCCUUCCGACAAGCAGAACCUCGAGUCAUUGGCCGAUACAUACAAAAAGCUUAAUGAGGGAGAGGCAGCAGCAUCAAAGCUCGAGAAGAUUCUCGACCAAAUUGAGGGGAAUAUCAAUGAGAUGGUUCAGGAUAUAGAGGAGGCAUCGAAAAAAAACAUUAAGGAAGAUAGCAGCAAAGAUAAGCAGGCUGGAUCUAAUUAG